UAAUGGAAACCCACUCUUCAUCUUUCUCUACUCUCCAAUCUUACCUCCACGCCUUACCCCAUACCCUUCACCGCUUUGCUCGCCGUGCGCCCUCUGUUUCUUCCACCUACGAAGAACUCAGCCGUGUCAAGGCCCGUUCCGGUGCCGACAUGCAAAAGACUCUCCGUUGGUUCGAUUUGGUGGGGCUCGGAAUCGGAGGUAUGGUCGGAGCAGGUGUGUUUGUCACCACCGGUAGAGCUAGUCGUCUCUACGCUGGCCCCGCUAUCGUUAUCUCUUACGCCAUUGCUGGACUCUGCGCCCUCCUCUCCGCCUUCUGCUACACCGAAUUUGCCGUCCAUAUGCCCGUCGCCGGCGGUGCCUUCAGUUACCUCCGAAUCACAUUCGGUGAGUUCGCCGCAUUCUUGACCGGAGCCAACUUAAUAACCGAAUACGUCAUGUCGAACGCCGCCGUGGCCAGAGGCUUCACCUCCUAUUUGGGCGCCGCAUUGAGUAUCCCCACAACAAAAUGGAGAUUCGUUCUCCCGUUUCUCCCCAACGGAUUCAAUGAAAUCGACCUCAUAGCUCCGGCCGUCGUACUAAUCAUUACACUCAUCAUAUGUUACAGCAUCAGAGAAAGCUCAGUCGUCAAUAUGAUCCUCACCGGACUACAUAUCAUCUUCAUAGCUUUCGUAAUAUUAAUGGGUUUUUGGAGAGGCGAUUGGAACAACUUCAGCCGCCCAGAGAAUCCACAGAAUCCAUUCGGCUUCUUCCCCUACGGUGCCUCCGGUGUCUUCAAUGGAGCUGCAAUGGUUUACCUGAGUUACAUCGGAUACGACGCCAUAUCAACGAUGGCCGAGGAAGUUCGUGAUCCAUCAAAGGAUAUUCCGAUCGGAGUAUCGGGCUCCGUCAUCAUCGUCACCGUCCUUUACUGUCUCAUGGCCGCUUCCAUGUCCAUGUUACUCCCUUACGACAUGAUCGAGGUGGAGGCGCCGUUUGCGGCGGCGUUUAGAGGGCGGUGGGAAUGGGUGGGGAGGGUGAUAGCGGUGGGGGCUAGCUUCGGGAUAGUGACGUCGCUGUUGGUGGCGAUGCUGGGACAGGCUAGGUACAUGUGCGUCAUCGGCCGGUCCUGCAUGGUCCCGGCUUGGUUCGCGAGGGUCCACCCGAAAACAUCGACUCCGGUCAACGCCUCCGUCUUUCUCGGGAUUUUCACAGCUUCGAUAUCCCUUUUCACUGACCUAGACAUCCUCCUCAACAUGGUAUCCAUAGGCACUCUCUUUGUGUUCUAUAUGGUGUCAAAUGCUGUCGUCUACAGGCGUUACGUCAUGAUAGGGACGACAAAGCCUUGGCCUACGUUAUCCUUCCUUUGCUUAUUCUCCCUUACAUCGAUCAUCUUCACCAUGUUGUGGCAUUUUGCACCACCAGGCAAGCCUAAACCCUUUGUGCUCGCCACUUGCGUCGUAAUCGCCGUAUGGAUACUUCAAGUUUUCCAUUGCACGGUGCCACAAGCAAGGAAACCAUCAUUUUGGGGUGUCCCUUUCAUGCCAUGGUUACCGGCUAUGUCGAUAUUCUUGAACGUUUUCUUGUUGGGGUCUCUCGACGGACCGUCGUACUUACGAUUCGGCUUCUUUUCGGGUCUGGCAGUGCUUGUAUACAUCUUGUACAGUGUUCAUGCUAGUUUUGAUGCUGAAAUAGAAGGCUCUUUGGGUCAAAAGAGCGUUGAAAUACUUGAAGAAUCAGCAGAAAGUGAAGAGGGUAGUCAAAAAGUGUAAGCCCGUUAACUUUGUUUUUCCUCAUCUUCUUUAUUCCCUAUGGUUGAUGGGAACUUAUAUAAAAAGAAAAGAAAAGAAAAGAAUAGGAAUAUAGAGAAUAAAAUAAUAGUGAUGA